GUGUGGCCGCGGCGGGGCGGGCCCGGGCGGGGCGGGCCGGGGCGGGGAGCCGGGUGUGGGAAGCGUGGCGGCCCCGCCCCGUCUCCUGGACCAGCCGCGGCCGCCAGCGCCGCCGCAGCCGCAGGGACCGGCGGACGCAGCAAAGGCGUGUGGUGCGGGACGGAAGCCCACCAUGGCAGACGAAAUUGAUUUCACUACUGGAGAUGCAGGGGCUUCCAGCACUUAUCCGAUGCAGUGCUCAGCCCUGCGCAAAAACGGCUUCGUGGUGCUCAAAGGGCGACCAUGCAAAAUCGUGGAGAUGUCAACAUCGAAGACUGGGAAGCAUGGUCAUGCCAAGGUGCACCUUGUUGGAAUUGACAUUUUCACUGGCAAAAAAUAUGAAGACAUUUGUCCCUCUACUCACAACAUGGAUGUUCCAAAUAUUAAGAGAAAUGAUUAUCAACUCAUAUGCAUUCAGGAUGGCUACCUUUCCCUGCUGACAGAAACUGGCGAAGUCCGUGAGGAUCUUAAGCUGCCAGAAGGUGAACUGGGCAAAGAGAUAGAAGGGAAAUACAAUGCAGGUGAAGAUGUGCAGGUGUCUGUCAUGUGCGCCAUGAGUGAAGAAUAUGCUGUAGCCAUAAAGCCCUGCAAAUAGACAGGACCGUCAGCACACGCAGGUCCCUUGGUCUGGAUCUAGUUGUCCCAAAGCUAUGGCCUUCAUAAGAAACCUCAUGUUUGUUGUUAUGUUUUUAUUGUUUUUAAAAUGUGCUGGCUUAGGUUUGCAGGCAGUUAGUAAGUUUAAACAAAUAUACCAAAAUGUGUAAUUUUAUAAGUAUCUUUCCUAUAACACUCCUGUGGUUUUCAUCAUGUGACCAUAAGAAACAAAUACAACAGUUUCAGUAAAUGUCACUUGUCUGAGCAAAUCACUCUAGAACUUAAGUGGUUAAAAACCAGGGUUUUAAAUCAGCAACAUAGCAUCUAGGCGAAUGAAAGUAUCAUGCUUUUCAGUUGAAUUGCUUUGUGCUGAUUUCAGACUUAAUGUCUAGAAUUCUUAGAUUAUAAAAUGGACUGUGUGGCAAACAUACAUCUUGAAACUAACCUCUUGUUAUCAAACAGUGUCAUUCUCUUGGUGGUCAGGUGUCCCGUGUUUGUCUGGGCUAGACUGGUGAUGACAGACCUACAUAGUAGUUUUGGUUGACGGAGGGAACAGAACUGCUGAGUGAGUCUGAGCAAGUCCACCACGCAGUGAAGAUCCACAGGGACAGAGGCAGAGUGGGGGAGCGCUGUAGCUUUUACCCAAGACCUUCUAAUCAGCACACAAAGUAAAGGAGCUCUGGCUAUAUUCUGGCUUUUGGCUAUAUCCCCAACCUCUGCCUCAGCACAGGAGUGACCUCUGCAGAGAAGCUCACGACUUCCAGCCAUAAUGCCUGAGUGGUCAUGAUGGGUAAUCCAGCCCUCCCAGCAAUUUUUUAAGUAAUUGGUUUUUUGACAUUAGACGAAAAUUAGGAAUUUUAAAGUUGCUUUGGAAUUCUUGACUUUAAGUUGAUUUGUUAAAUAUAUGUACACUUUUCUCAAGUGUAAUAAUAGGAGUAAGUCAUGGGAGAAAGGUUACCUUAUUUGAAAAUUAUUUUAAGUGUGUAUAUACUUUUAUUCUCUUGUGACUUAAUUCUAUUACUGAUGUAAAAUACAACUAGGAAAGGAUUCUGUGACCUGGAUUAUUUUACUGCGUUGUAGGUAUUGCCCCUCCAUUUAGACUUCUGGAUCGUAUGUAAAUUGUGUCUUAAAUUGUAGACAUAGUUGUGGACUUGUGAGGAACAGACAGAAUCACAAUCAUGGCAUUGGAGGGCAGCUUAGAGCAGAAUCCCUCUCAGUAACACCUUGAUUCUCUGAUGCUGGCUCUCAGGUCCCGUUUCUCAUGCCUAAACCCUUUGUUCCCAUCUAGAAAAACUGUGUGACAAUGUAACUCAUCUAAUCAGCAAUUUGAAAUGGCAUUACAAAUGGAAGAUCCCAAGAUUUUGGUUCCUUAAUUUGUAUGCAGUUUUAAAUCUUGUCUUGUUAUCAAAAAGUUUCACUCUCUUUUUGAUAGCAAGAAAACCAAUCCAGAGAUACCAGAAGAGAAGUGCCAGGAAGGAUGUCUAAAGCACAAGAAUAUUGAAGUUGUAGCCAGUUGACUUUAGUGUGACCCUUUAGCUUUUGCCGAUGCAAAGCACAAUUAGGAAUUAGGCUGAAUUUUCCCCAGGUAUCUGCUCUAUGCUGCUUUAGAUUUCUGCUGUUGGGAUGGGUUUCUUGGUGGGACUGAUAGACAGGUUACCCACAGGAAGUCCAGGAAGUUAUUUCUCUCUACUGUCUUCUGGUCACUGUCUGGUCAAUAAGCAGCCACACUGGUGUUUUGAUUUCAUAUUUCUUCAAGAGUAGCAUGCCCUUAUCCUUCCUAACUUAUCAAAUUUCACAUGCAUCUCUAUUUUUCAUUGUACUGUAUGCAUAUAAAUUAGAGCAGUGUACCUCUAGCUCCGUACCUUGAAUGGCAAAAACUACUUAGGCCUAAGUAUUUCAUUUUAAAUAAUAUGUAAGUGUACAUACUCUAACAUGUAACUAUAGAUUUCAAAGAUACAGGACUGUUUAUUUCCACAUAAGUCAGUAGAUGUUUCUCUUAAAGCAAAAUAUUUCAUUUAGUAAAGCUUUAUAAAUUAUAUUAAGGGGAAGCAGGGAACAUGUAUUUUUUAACAGAAAACAGAAAUUACUUCUUUUGACAACAGUUGAUUCCUAGUCUUUGUUGUACUUGUAGCAGAUCUCCAGCUCCGCAGGCGCCAUGUUGAAAAUGGAGAUCGUUCAGACGUCACCACGCAUCUGCGUCUAUACACAUUUCUUUCUUCCUUUGCCAUUUAGACAGUGCUAACAGCUUGAGCAUUUUUGUUCUAGAAGAGCAGCUUAAUUUCUACUGUGAAGAUUUUGCCUUGCUGGUACAAUUGUGUGCCCUGUGACCUAGGUCAGACCCUUUUGGCUCUGACCUGGCCUUUGCAUCCUUGAUGCCCACUGAGGGGCUGCCAGUCACUUAAAGUGGUUACCAAGGUCUUGACUCUGUUCCCCUCCAUAGUACAGAUUUCUAUAACAGCGCUUUAUAUCAGUGACCAAAACACUCGCACCUAGACGUGAUAUCUUUACAAGAACAUGCUGUGAUGCAAAUGUUUAGAAAACUUGGGGACACAUGCUUUUCAUUAGCGCACAGUGAGUGUGUGUAUAAAUACACAUAGCUUUGUUCAUUUCUCAAGUCCUUCCAACUACUACAUGUACUGUAGUCUGGUAGUGCCUCAAAAGUUGGUUUGAUUUUCAUUGUUUUUAAUUUAUAAGUUUUCCAGAAUUUGUUUUGUAUUUUUAAGGCUAUUCAAUUAGAUUAUGUCUAGUUGAGCUGAAAUUCAAACGCACUGUUCUCAGGGCUGUUUCUGCUAGGAGCUGACAUGUCAUUAUUUUAAAGAUAGCUGCCUACAAAUAUAUUGCAAGUUUUUCCCAAGUCGUAAUACUAUAAUACAUACUAAUAAAAUCCUUAGUAUAAAUAUUUAAGCUAUCUGGUAAGCAUUUUUUAAACAUUGGAGCAUUAGUAGCAGCUGUACUGAAAUCUUGCUGUAGUUUUUACUUUAGAGUAAACGCCCAGGGGUCUUACCUGGAACCCUGUCCUUGGUGGUGUAUCUGACAGCAUGCUUUUGGCACAGAUGCAAAAGAGAGUUUUGGAGCUAGACUCGAUGCAGUGGUUCUCAGACACGUUCAAGAACAGACAGGAAAUUCCUAACUCUUUUGGGUAUCAUAAAAUGUUUACAUGCUGAAUUCACACUUGCUAAUGGAAAUAUGAUGUCUAUAUAAGAUCAAAGCUAUUAAGGCAUAUUUCCAUAAACUGUAUGUUAACUGAUGUGAACUUUUAAAUCUUCUAAUAUUUAAGUAUACUAUUACAUAGUUCUCAAGCCUUUUUUCUGUUGACAUUUCGAUGAAUGAGAGGCAGCAAAGACUUUUUUUUUUUUUAAAUCUAUGGUAGACAAAUCUUAAAAUUGAAUCUAUUAACUUAAAUCUAUGAAAUGUGUUCUCUGAAUUGGACAAACAAUGUUAUUAUUUGAUUGUAGAGGGAACAUUGGGACUUAGCUUACGGAGCACAGAUGUUCUGUGGAAACAGAUUUGAAGUCACUAUGUAAUUUAAUUUUUCCAUUAACCCAAACACCAACAUAACUACCAAGUGAGGUCACGCACCUGGAAAGAGCUGUAACUAUUUAAUAAAUAUGUUUUCUUCUUGUGGAGGACACAUCUUAGGACAGUGCACACAAGGUCAUCCAUCCUCUGCUAUCAGCAUACUUAUUACCAAACUUGUCCGUCACUACUGUCCACACUUAAAACAGGCCUGGACCAAUAUUAGGGUAACAAGGGAGAUUCUUUCAUGCAUAUGACAUUUUUAGAAACCAUCUCUAGAUGUUGGCGGGAUUUGGUUCAUCUUAGUUUGAAACUGUGCUUUUAAAAACACUGGAUAAUAAACUGUUCAGCAAUGGCUGAAGAGCCUGUGAGAUGUGGCUGUGCUUUCUUAAGCUGAUCCUUAUCAUGGUUCAUCUACAGAUAGAUACUCAUCGUUAUGACAAAGACUACUUCAUACUACUAACUCUAAGCCAUGAUAAAAAAUGACAUUUCCCUAUUCUCACGUACUCUUAUCCCCUCCCUAGAAGAAAACGGAUAAAUGGACAUUGUCUAAUCCAUUGGCACUUUGUUAGUAUUAUUUUUGUCUUAAAUAUAGGAUACUAAUCGAAUUUACUUGCAAAUGUUUUGUUAAAACUUGAAAAUUGUAAGAACUGAACAUUAUAAUUGUGCGUUUUACAUUUUAAAAGUAAGUAAACUUUGAAUGUUAAAUCUCCAGCUAUACUAAAAUAUCCUUAUCAAUGAUAACAUUUUGUUACCUUAAAAUAUAUGUCUGUUAACUUCGUGUUAUAUUAAAUGAAAAUAAACUUAACAGUGCACAAUUCUUACAUGUGUAUGUUCUCAAAAUUUUUAUACUACAAAAUUAUGUUCACUGCCUGGAGCUAGAAGGUCUUCCGUUUUUAUUGCUUCAUAGACGAGGCCCUCGCGCUCAGUGCACUGCCCUCAUGGCUGACAAUAGUCUUUUCUGAUGUUGACUUCCAGGGUAGGGAUGAACUUGCUCGCCAGGCAUGGUAGUGCACAGGAAGUUGUGGCAGGAGGGUAUUCCUAAGCUGAAGGCCAGUCUGAGCUGUGAAACAAAACUCUGACCCAAAAAAUAGACUGUAGACUCAACAGAACCGUUGGACUCAAGUUCACAGCCUUCGUCACUGCACUGAGCCCCCACAGAAGCGACCGUUUAUCACCUGUCACUCAUGGAAGAAGUGCACACAGGACCGUCCUCUUCACUGCUGAACUAUAUGGACUAUUGGUAUUUUCUGGAAGAGGGGAAAAGUCAUUGUUCCUACUUUGUGCACACUGCUGAGCCCACUAGACUCCAACUUAAACUGGCCCUGGUUAAACUCAGUCAAGCAACCUGAAUGUAAGGAAAGGGGUAGGAAAGUUGGAAGGCAGGGUCAUGGGACAUGAGAGUGCUCAGUAUGUGUUAUGUGUAUGUGUCACGUCCAUCAGCUCAUUCUCAUUACAGACGCAUGGAUAAAA